UUAAAGUUCCGUAGAAAAUUGAUAGUUUUCCUGCUGUUUUUAUUAAUUAUAAAUUUAUUAAAAAAUCGUUUGUGGCCAUGUGUUAAUUCUAUGACAGAUUACGAUAAAUGCCCAGCUUGCUUCGGGUCAUCAGCCUGUACUCUCCUCGAAGAAAACAUAAAAAUCAAGCCAUUCGACUUUCAUACAACAAUGUCCCACAUUCUCCCCUCGAAAAACGUAUUCUUCGGUGAAUUGAAUAAUAAAAAGAUAGUCGUUAAAAAAUUAGCACAGUACGAGGAACUAUCAGCCUUCGACGAAAUGAUAUGCAAAGAGGGCUUGAAUUGUUGCGUACACAGAAAGUAUAACAAUGAGUAUGCUCAUAGUAUUGAUUAUUUCUCACGUGUCUUGGACGAUGUUUCCUCUGAUUUCAUCAGUGACGACACGAGUGGAUUGAUAAUAUGCCCUAAUCCGAGGAGUACACAUUUUUUUGACAAACUCAGGAAGUCGUCGAGGUAUUUUAAUGACAUCAAUCUCUGGACCCUCGUUCGUUUGAAUCCCGAGCCAAUAAUCCUCGAGAUACUGCGAGCUGGCGAGGGCUGGCCAGUGCCUCGGUACUAUGGAGCCUGUGGGAGAAUAGUUAUCGAGGAAUACGUUGGUCUCUCAUUGCCGGCUUAUUAUCAUGCUCCCUGGCUUCUCAGGGCUAAAAUCGCACUUGGAUUGCUCAAAGCCGUGCAAAUGCUGACAUUUCGUGAUCCCAACUUCUCUUAUUAUCUCACUGACAUGUCACCGGAUAAUAUUGCUGUUAAUGAAGAGUAUAAACCCAUAUUUAUCGACCUCGAGCACGUCAUUGUGGUCCAGAGGAACGACUUUUCAAAUGAUAAACCGGAAUAUUUCGGGGAAUUGCAUGAAUCAGCGGACACGAUAGAGUGCAAGAAUUGUUUUGUUUUCUCUCCUAUAGACAUCUGCAGUCACAGAAUAAGCGAUCACAAUUACUACACAGUGUGCAAGCAUAUACUGUCCCCUGAAUCUAGUACAGAGACAAUCUCCGGUGGUUUCCUCCACGAUGUGCCAAAAGAUAUUUCAAGUGGUUACCCAGAUUUGAAAAUAAUGUUAGCCGAAUGCUCAGUGCCUUCGGGUAGUCAAACGCGAAUAGAAAUGGCUGAAAAACUCAUUGAAUUGUUAGAAAAAAUGCCAAGCGAUUAAUAAAGUGAUAAUGCAGAGAUAUAUUUUUAGAAACUCCUCCAUAUGUAUGAAGUGGAAAUGGGUAGAGAAUAAAAAUUGAAGAGAAUAUAUUAUUGAUGCGAUUGGAGCCGCGCCCGGUUCCAUCGCACUCUUGCAACCAGUCUUCAACUCUCUAAACCGGUUUUCCCGAUGUUUUUUUACACAUUCGUUUUAUGUCAUUUUUCUACUACUCUUGUCUCUCUCCUCCAUCUUCACUGCUGUUGUACUUUUACUAUUUUAUUGUUAUCGUUGGUAUAAUGUAGGGAAUGAGCUCACGAGAACUUUUUUUUUAUUACACAAAAGACAUUUAUUUUUCUCAGUAUAAUAAACAAAAUUUAUUCAUCAGAUAUCUUUCAGCACUUGAAAGUUCCUACAAGUGAACAUUACGAAUUAAAAAUAGCAUCACAUAGUGGUGUAGUACAUAAUACAAAAUAUAUAUUGCAAAAGUCGAUAAUUAUUACAUUGUAAUAAAUUGUUUACGAUUCUUAAUAUUUUUUUUAUUUACUCAUUUAAUUUGUUGGUUUUACUUUUGCCUGUGGCAAACGUCUGCUCUGAUAGAUUAUUCAGUUAACUAUAAGCUUGGUGCGAAAUAUAAACAAUACUGUCAUGAAUUUAUUGCGAUUACUCUAUUGUUUCAAUACUUGGGAUAGUAACAAAUGCUUAAAAAAACGUUAAUGUAGAGAUGAAUUUGUGAUGACGAUUAUGUACAGACAAUUACGAGUGUAACAUCGGUGGGAUAUGUAUGAUACAAAGAUUCAUUUGUUUAUCAGUUAAGUUUUAUAAACAAAACUGUCUAAUUACUCGGACGAAUAUAUUCAAUUGAUUAUGAAUAAUGUGAAAAAAUUAAAUACAUAUUCUUAUAUCAUUUUUUUUUUAGUUUUCUUGACUCCAUAAUAUUCUUCAACUCAGUAUAAAAUAUAACGUAAUCAUAGCAUUUUUCUUUUAUACUCUGUCUAACCACUACUUAUUCAUUAAUGAAGAUCACAUGCAUUUAUUCUUUACAAGUCAAAAAACUUAUCAAUGCAAAUAUUGGAUGAUUCAUUUUGACAAAGUAUGCAAUUCUCGAUUGCCUGUGCGUUCCUGCCCCAGAUUAAAUCCCUCGAGAUAACUAAAUUCAUUAAAUUCUCCUCUUAAUAUCAAUCUGCUGACUUGAGUUUGCAUGUACUUUAUCAUCACGGCACAUCAAUCAACUUAAAACUUUUAUCAAUCAUCACGCAAUUACAUUUAUUCCAUAAAUUUUAUUCUUUUGUUUUUUUUUCCAUUUAGGUAAUAUCACAAAAAAACCACCAAUUCAAUUUGGCAUAACUUAUGUUCAUUUUCAAGUGAUAUAGAACGAAAUGAACUCAUUGUUUUUUUUUAUUUUUCAAUUGCCACGUUCGUUGAUACUCCAAACACCGAACUAAAUAAAUGAACCGAAAAGAAAUGAUAAAUUCCUUCCAAUAUCUCUUUCCCCUAACCGUGCAAUUUUAUGGCAAAACGUUGCAAAAAAAUGCAGUUCGAGUGUCAAUUUAUCUAAGUACAAAAAUAGUAAAAAAAAAAAA